AUGGCAUACGACAUGGGGAGCGGGUAUGCUCCGCCCAGCACGAGCAACAUGCAGGAUCAAGACGCGUCGCUGCCAAUGUUCAAUAUAGAACGCGUGUCGCUCCAGUUUAACAUAUCGUCCGAUUUUGUGGCAGCGGCGGUUGCGAACAACGUCCUGAUACUUGCGCUUUCGACUGGGCGCAUCUUGCGCAUAGACCUGGACAGCCCAGCCGACAUAGACGUCGGCGUCAUCAAGCGUCUCUUCCUCGACCCCUCGGCGUCGCAUCUUAUCAUAACCACUACCCUCGCCGAGAACUAUUACCUCCACACACAGUCGCGCACACCGAAAGCGCUAUCACGGCUGAAGGGCGUCGUCAUCGAGAGUGUAUCAUGGAAUCCGUCACAGCCGACUGCAUCGACACGGGAAAUACUGGUGGGAGCUUCGGAUGGGAAUGUGUAUGAGGUGUACAUUGAACCCUCGUCUGAGUUCUACCGGAGAGAAGAGAGAUAUUUGAAGAAUGUCUAUCACACGAAUGACGGGCCUAUCGUAGGCCUGUGGACAGAUGCUGUGCCUGGGCGAGCAGACCUGCGGCGGAUUAUCAUUGCAACACCAUCAACAUUCCUUCACUUUGCUGGCAAGCUCGGGCGAGCGGGGCAUGAAGGAAGCGGAUCAAUCUUCUCAAAACUCUUCGAGAGUGAAUCUGCGACUGUACAUGAGAUCGCGAAUGCUGCGCCUACUGCGACAUCUUUGUUAGCCGUCUCUCCAGAGCUCCAGGAUACGCACAGCUACGACCAAUCGAACAGCGAGCGGAUCUUCGGAUGGCUGACCUCGCAGGGUGUCCUCCAUGGUAAACUGUUCCUGUCCACAGACACGUCUGAGCUUGGCGGAAGUGUCCUCGGGGACUCAAAGAUGCUGCCUAGAUCGCAGAUCCCGCCUUCACAGACCGCUAGUGGCCGGACACGAAAGACGCAGGAGCCCGUCAGCUCAAUGAUCUUGAGCCAAUGGCAUAUCCUGCAACUGGUGGAAGGCAGAAUUGUAGCCGUCAAUCGCCUCGAUGACACGGUUGUCCUGGACCAAGUUGUGCUCGAGCCUGGCCAGAGUGCCAUCGGGCUUGUAGCCGACAUCAAGAAGAACACCUACUGGCUUUUCACGACCAGAGAGAUCUUCGAAGUUGUAGUUACCGACGAGACAAGAGACUUGUGGAAGAUUAUGUUGAAGACCCAGCAGUUUGACGCAGCAUCGCAGUUUGCGAAGACUUCAGCCCAGAAGGAUGCCGUCGCGACUGCGUCUGGCGAUUACCUUGUCGGAAAGGGGCAGUACAUGGAGGCUGCCGCUGUCUACGGACGAAGCACGAAGCCUUUUGAGCAGGUUGCUCUCGCGUUCAUCGACAAAGGCGAGCAGGACGCACUGCGCAAGUACCUCCUCACUAAGCUCUCAACGUUGAAGAAAUCUUCCAUCAUGCAGAGGACGAUGGUUGCAACGUGGCUUGUCGAGCUGUAUAUGGCGAAACUCAACACUCUCGACGAUACUAUCACUACCAGAGCAGAGCUGUCAGAGAGCAUGAACACGGCCGAGACCCAUGAUCAGCUGUCCGUAAUCCGGAAGGAGUACCAGGACUUUGCAAGCAAGUACAAGACCGACCUAGAUCGCAAGACGGUGUACGAAAUCAUCAGUAGCCACGGCCGAGAGGAGGAGCUGCUCUACUUCGCCACCGUCGUCAACGACUACAACUAUGUGCUGUCGUACUGGGUGCAGCGAGAGCGGUGGACAGAAUCACUGGACGUGCUGAAGAAACAGACGGACCCAGAAAUCUUCUACAAGUACAGCAGCGUGCUUAUGGCCCAUGUGCCAGUCGAGCUUGUCGAUGUCAUGAUGCGCCACACCACCUUCAAUGCGCAGAAGCUCAUCCCAGCGUUUCUCAACUACAACAACUCGACCAAGGCCUCACUGAGCCAGAACCAAGCAGUGCGAUACCUGCUGUUCGAGAUUAAUCAACACAAUUCGACAGACGCAGCAGUUCACAACACACUAAUCUCCAUCUACGCGUCACAUCCCACGACGGACGAGUCGGCACUGCUCGCCUACCUUGAGGGUCAAUCUCAAGCGCAUGAGCAGAACUACGAUGCAGACUUUGCUCUCCGCCUCUGUAUCCAGCACAAGCGCGUGCAAUCAUGCGUGCACAUCUACAGCUCGAUGCAGCAAUACGUGCAAGCCGUGGACCUCGCACUCAAGUACGACGAGAUCGAACUUGCCUCCUCUGUUGCCGAUCGGUCCAACACUUCGCCCGCCCUACGCAAGAAGCUCUGGCUCGCUAUCGCGAAGAAAGUCAUCUCGCAAUCCUCUGGUAUCAAGACGGCCAUCGAGUUCCUUCGCCGCGUGGACCUUCUCCGCAUCGAAGACCUCAUCCCCUUCUUCCCUGACUUUGUCGUCAUCGACGACUUCAAAGAAGAAAUCUGCUCUGCCCUCGAAGAUUACAGCCGCCGCAUCGAUGCGCUCAAAGAAGAGAUGGAUGAUAGCGAGCAUACGGCUAAACACAUCAAGUCAGACAUCAAGGCGCUGGAACAGCGUUAUGCCAUCGUUGAGCCAGGGGAGAAGUGUUACACGUGUGGCCUACCACUACUGGCGAGACAAUUCUUUGUCUUCCCAUGCCAGCAUGCGUUCCACAGUGACUGUCUCGCGAAAAAGGUGGUGGAUCUAGCGGGUAUCGCGAGGGGUAAGAGAAUUGCGGAGUUGCAGGGCGAAGUGAGGAGGGGAAUGGGAGGGAAGAGGGAGAGGGCGAUUGCCGAGUUGGAUGCGCUCGUUGGGUCCAGUUGUGUUCUGUGCAGCGAAUUGGCUGUCAAAAUGAUUGAUUCGCCGUUUAUCACGAGUUCGGAUGAUAAGGGGGAAUGGGCGCUGUAG